AUGGGAGCUUGUGUUUAACAAAGUAAUUAGCAAUAAUUUGAAAUUAAUACUAUGGAUUAGAUAAGGCUGUAUGAAAAUAAACAUGUUUACAUGAAUCCUGAAGAAGAAUUACAAUGGAAACGUCAAAAUAAUGGAGAGGUAAAUAUAAAUAAUAUGCAGGAAAGUCUGCUAAAAAGAUAAUUAGAGGCUGAAGUAUUUUAGAAGCAAUAACUAAUAGAAAACUAAAAAAUACAUCAAUAAAUGGUAGAGAUAUUAAAUUAUAAUUAUUAGAUAAACUUAUAUGAUUCAUCAAUUGAGCCAUCUAACUUGUAGAUUGACAUAGAGUAGAGAUCACUAAAUUUUUAACCAACAAAUCAUAUAUAACAAAGAAGUGAGAGUAUUUGUGAAGUUGAGAAAAUACAAGAUAGAUCAUUUACAUAAGGUUAAUCUAAGAAAGACAAAAAUAAAAAUGUAACUUAAGAGGCAUAGACAAAAAAAAAAUUAAUUGAUUAUUUAUCUAAAAGUGAUUAGGAAGUUCUUUUAUAACCUUUGCCUUCACCUCCUAAUUUAUUAGAAAAUAUAGAUUUUGGAGUCUAUUAAGCAUUUGACAGUGCAGAAAUAACUCCUUUAGCAACUCCAAAGUAAGAGGAAGAGUCUGAAUGCGAAGAAUUAGAAGAAGAAGAAGAAUAAGAUAAAGAAUAAGAUAGAGAAGAAGAAGAAGAAUAAGAUAGAGAAGAAAAUAAAAAAGAAGAUAAAGAAGAAGUAAAAGAAUCGCCAUAAGAAGAAUAAGAAAUAGUUGAAGUCGUAUAAAAAUAAGAACCACAACCAGAAGAAAAAUCUUACCAUUCAGAAAAACCUAAAUCUUAAGUGAUGCUAGAUAACCCAAUCUUUUAAUAAAAUCAAGAAGAUACAAUAUCUUUAGAAGAUGAUAAUCCAGAAGAGGUAAAGUAAAUGCUCCUCCUUAAGAGAGACAAAUAAUACUUUAAUCAUCAAGAGGAGAGUAAAUGAUUAUGUCUUUUGCUCCUAAUUAACAAUAACAAUUUAUUAAAUCUUAAUAGCAAGCUGCACCUGAAAAUUAAGUAGAGGUUUUAAAUCAUAAACCAAGUUUAGAAAAGGCAGUACCAUCAAAUUCUGAUGUUCUAAAAAUAGAAAAUGAGCAUUUAGUUGCGUUAUCUGCACAAUUAGAACCUAUAAAUAUCAAUGUAGAUAUGAAUAAUUGUGAAAUGUUGGGUCCAUACAUAAUUUUGGAUACAGGGGAUAUUUAUGUAGGUACAUGGUAAAUGGGUAAACGACAUGGAUUUGGGAAACAAAUAUUUUCAAAUGGAGCCUAUUAUGAAGGUUAAUGGUUGAAUGAUUUUUUAUAAGGAUAUGGAAGAUAUAUAUUUUAAAAUGGAGAUUACUAUGCAGGAGAAUUUGUUCAUGGAGAAAGAGAAGGAGUUGGAGUGUUGGUUUAUUAGGAUGGAUCAUCAUAUGAAGGGAAAUGGUUAAAAAAUUAAAAAGUAAAUAUACAAAUUAUAUAUAUAUAGAAUGGUGAUGGUAGAGAAUAAACUGGAGAUGGUAAUGUUUAUGUAGGGACAUUCAAAGCUGGUAAAAAAGAUGGUAAAGGUAGAUUAGAAUAUGUUGAUGGAAGUAUUUUUGAAGGUAUGUUUAAAGAAGGGUAGAUUUGUGGAAAAGGAACUUAAACUUGGCCAGAUGGUAGAAGAUAUGAAGGAGAAUGGAAAGAUGGUAAAAUGCAUGGUUAAGGAGAAUUCAUUUGGGGAGAAGGAAAAUCAUAUAAAGGAGAAUAUAUUAAUAAUGUCAGAUAAGGAUAUGGUGAAUAUAGUUGGCCAGAUGGAAGAACAUAUAAAGGAGGAUGGAAGAAUGGAAUUAUGCAUGGAAAAGGUUUGAUGAUUUGGCCUGAUUAAAGAUUAUAAAAGGGUAUUUGGAUUAAUGGGUAAAAGUAAUUCAGUAAAGAAGAAUUGGCAUAAUUAUCAAAAAUAAAAAAAUCUAAUACUGCUGAUACUUCUAUCAAUAAAACUAAAGAUUCUAAUGCUGAAACAAAAGAUAUGAAACAAUAAAAACCAAAGAAAUCCAAAUCGAAGUCUAAAUCAAAAGAAAAAAAGAAGACCAAAUCUAAAGAAAAAUAAUGA